AUGAAAGAUAAUGGAAAACCCAGUUCCAUUCACACCGUCUUCUUCUUUACCUUCUUUGCAAUUUCCAUAUCCAUAUCCAUAUCCUCAUCCUCUGCUUUAAAGUACCAGUCUUUAGUCCUCAAUUCUCUCCCUAAACCUCAGUCUCUUUCAUGGAACAACGAAAAAAUGGGCACCGGACCCGACUCGGAAUCCACACUGGAUCCUUACUCGAACACUCUGUCCGUAGAUUUGCACCAUGUGGAUAAUCUUCCACCGUUUGAUAUCAAUUCAACCCCAGAAUCCCUCUUCGAGCUCCGCCUUCAACGUGACGCCGUUAGAGUCGAAGCUCUGACCACACUCGCCGCCGGCGCUGCUGGUAAGGUUUCCAGAGGUAAAAAGGACUUAAGCAGCUCGGUGUUUUCGGGGCUCAAGGAGGGAAGCGGCGAGUACUUCACGCGUCUGGGGGUAGGGACACCUGCCAAGUUUGUUUAUAUGGUGCUGGAUACGGGAAGCGACGUCGUGUGGCUACAAUGCUUCCCGUGCAGGAAUUGCUACACCCAGUCUGACCCGAUUUUUAACCCUAAAAAAUCAUCAUCCUUUCAUGGAGUCUCAUGUGACUCUCCUCUGUGCCGUUGGCUCGACUCCCCAGGCUGCAAUAACCGCAAGCAAUGCCUCUACCAAGUCUCCUAUGGCGAUGGUUCCUUCACCAUCGGUGACUUCUCCACUGAAACACUCACCUUUGGCCGAAACCGAGUUAAUAAUAUAGCACUCGGAUGUGGCCAUGAUAAUGAAGGUUUAUUUGUCGGAGCCGCCGGUUUAAUGGGUCUAGGACGGGGAAAAUUGUCUUUUUCGACUCAGACCGGUAGGCGGUUCGGAAAUAAAUUCUCUUACUGCUUAGUAGACCGGUCUGCUUCUUCUAAACCGUCUUCUAUUACUUUCGGAGAAUCGGCAGUGAUGCAAAAGGCCGUUUUUACCCCUCUGAUCACCAACCCAAAGCUCGACACGUUCUAUUACGUGGGGCUUAAUGGAAUUUCAGUAGGUGGAGCCAGGGUAGCCGGGAUUACGCCGUCGCUUUUUGAAGUUGACCCUCACGGUGACGGAGGGGUAAUAGUGGAUUCGGGUACGGCCGUGACCCGAUUGACCCAACCAGCUUAUGUUGCGCUGAGGGAUGCUUUCCGGAACAAAACUUCGCAUUUCAAACGGGCCCCGGAAUUGUCACUAUUCGAUACGUGCUUUGAUCUAUCAGGUAAGACUGAAGCGAAGGUUCCGACGAUGGUGCUGCAUUUUACAAACGCCGAUUUGUCAUUGCCAGCGUCGAAUUACUUGAUUCCAGUGGACACUGAUGGAAAAUUUUGCUUCGCAUUUGCGGGUAUCAGCAGCGCGUUGACGAUUAUUGGAAAUAUCCAGCAGCAGAGCUUCCGGGUCAUGUUCGACUUGGCAAAGUCACGGGUCGGGUUUGCUCCACGCGGAUGUGCUUGA